CAUCUCCGCCGAUCCACCUUGAACAUGUCUUCCUCUGCUCCGGUCAUGCUUAACAGCGAUGGUACCACCGGAAAGGCUGCCCAGGCGGCCAACCCCGGCCGUUUCAUUUCAGUCUACAGCGAACUUCAGACAAACCGGCUCAACCAAUGUCUUCCUCUUCCUUCUGUCCUUAAAAACCCUUUUAAGAUCGUUGAAGGUCCUCCUAGCUCCUCUUCUGGAAACCCAGACGAAAUCGCUAAGCUUUUUCCCAAUCUAUUCGGGCAACCUUCUUCAACGUUGGUCCCUAGCGAAAAGGAGACACUGGCAUCAGAUCAAAAAUUGAAAAUUGGUGUUGUGCUCUCUGGAGGCCAGGCUCCUGGAGGACAUAAUGUCAUUUGUGGAAUUUUUGAUUACUUGCAGGAUCGUGCUAAGGGUAGCACACUGUAUGGAUUCAAGGGUGGUCCGGCUGGGAUCAUGAGGUGCAAGUAUGUGGAACUGACCGCGGACUAUAUCUUUCCCUACAGAAAUCAGGGUGGAUUUGACAUGAUACGUAGUGGAAGGGACAAGAUUGAAACUCCAGAACAGUUUAAGCAAACAGAAGAAACAGCAAUGAAGCUUGAUUUGGAUGGGCUUGUUGUUAUUGGUGGAGAUGACUCAAAUACAAAUGCAUGUCUCCUCGCUGAAAACUUCAGGGAAAAAAAGAUGAAAACACGAGUAAUUGGAUGUCCAAAGACCAUCGAUGGUGAUCUAAAGUGCAAGGAGGUUCCUACAAGUUUUGGGUUUGAUACUGCUUGUAAGAUAUAUGCAGAAAUGAUAGGUAAUGUUAUGACAGAUGCUCGUUCAACUGGAAAAUACUACCACUUUGUGAGGCUUAUGGGGCGUGCGGCUUCUCACAUUACAUUGGAGUGUGCAUUGCAGACUCACCCAAACAUCACAAUUAUUGGUGAAGAGGUUUCUGCUAAGAAGCAGACACUGAAAAAUGUUACAGACUAUAUCACAGAUAUAAUAUGCAAACGUGCUGAACUUGGCUUUAACUAUGGUGUUAUACUCAUACCAGAAGGCCUAAUUGAUUUCAUUCCUGAGGUGCAACAGCUUAUUGCAGAGCUGAAUGAAAUCUUAGCUCAUGGUGUUAUAGAUGAAGAUGGACUGUGGAAAAAGAAGCUCCGAGAUCAAUCUCAGCAGCUUUUUCUAUUUUUACCGAAAGCAAUUCAAGAACAAUUAUUGCUUGAAAGAGAUCCACAUGGAAAUGUUCAGGUUGCUAAAAUUGAAUCGGAAAAAAUGCUCAUACAAAUGGUUGAGACUGAGUUGGAGAAAAGGAAGCAGGAGGGUACAUAUAAAGGCCAGUUCAAAGGACAGUCCCACUUUUUUGGUUAUGAAGGAAGAUGUGGUAUGCCAACAAACUUUGAUUCUACCUACUGCUAUGCUCUUGGUUAUGGCGCUGGUGCCCUCCUCCAUUCUGGAAAGACGGGGCUCAUAUCCUCGGUAGGUAAUUUGGCUGCUCCAGUUGAAGAGUGGACUGUUGGUGGGACUGCAUUAACAUCCUUGAUGGAUGUAGAGAGGAGACAUGGUAAAUUCAAGCCAGUGAUCAAGAAGGCAAUGGUGGAACUUGAAGGUGCACCAUUCAGGAAGUUUGCAUCCUUGAGGGAAGAGUGGGCCUACAAGAAUCGAUACAUCAGUCCAGGUCCAGUUCAGUUUAUUGGCCCAUCAUCUAAUGGCAUCAAUCACACUCUGCUGUUGGAGCUUGGAGCCCAAGCUUAAGGAAUUACUGUCUUCAUGUUCAUCUUUCGCAAGAAGAGAACAGAGUCAAGAAGUGAAUUUGUAGAUGUACAUGCGGCCAUGGGUGAAUAAAGUCUCUGCCCCGAAAGCCUUGGCAAGAUUGCUUUCUGAGUAAGGGAGGCAGGGGAGGGGGUGAGGAGUUAUAUAUUUGAGUGCCUCAUUUUU